UGUCAACAGUGUCAUUUCAAUUCACUAUUGUCAUAAUAUUUUUUGUUGAUCACAGUCGUCACUCUUAUUUCUGUUGAAAAUAAAUAAGAAAACCUUUAUAAUUUGAACUGUAGAAAGUUUCUAACUUAAUACAAACCUCUAAAGUGUAUAACAGUGAUGUGAGAGUGGUAUACUAAGUCGGUUCGCAGAGUUAGUUCCUCAAGAUGGAUGAUCCCAGCACGGACUCAUUGCGCAAAUUGGCUCCGACCUGGACGCUAGCCGGAGACGAGCAGCUAUUGACUAUACUGCAGAAGACACAUCAGAGGCUGCUAUCAAAAUGUCAGGAAGCUAACAGCCAGUUGGAACAAAUGACGAACGUGCUCAACGAUGCCUCUAUCAGUCUACAGAAUGUCAACAAUCAAUUUAUGGCGCUCAGCAAUCGACAGUUCAUCGAGAGUCGAGUUUAUGAUGAUGAUGAAUUACCUACAGAGGCUGUGACUGUUAAGGAACCACCAAAGCCGGAAGUCCCCGAUGAGCUGUCAGGUCUGAAGCGCAGCAUAGCGGUGCUGGAGAGCGCUCACGAGCUGAUCACCAUCCUGCAGGACAGCGACACCGACACACAGUCUGAUGAUGAACUGCCUGCCAGAUUGGUGUUAAAACCCAAAGACAUGUACUCGUCGCGGCCUCUCCCGUACAUCAUCGGCUCUCAACCCUGGAAGAACAAGUGGCAUGCUGGUCUAGUGGUAGAAGACAGCGACUCAGAGAGUUCAGGGUCGGCUCGGGAGGCGGACAGCGACCAGUACUCGGCGUCGGAGCCCGAGGACUCCGCCCCGAGGGCCAGGCCGCCGCCGCAACAUAAUACUGUUACUACUGUGUCAGAGACCAGUUCGUCUCUGGCGUCAGAGCCGGGUUUGGCGCCGCGGCCCACGCCGGCUGACGUCGCUAGCGAGAUUGCGAGGCGGCUCGGCGCUACUGAACCUCCUAAGCCGGUUGAAAAGGAGCCAGACUAUGACGAGCCAGCGAAACCGACAGUCCGCAAGAUAUACAGACCACAGGAUCCCGUCUCUAGCACAGUAUUCCCCGACGAGCCGCCGCCUCUAUCAGACGAGUCAGAACAGUCAGACAGCGCGGAGUCUGACAUAUUCGCGGACUUACACCGACAGCAGCCGUAUGCGCGGGCGCAGGUGUCAGACGAACUGUUCGGGUUUAAACAUAGAGAGGACAGCGAUGAAGGAGAUAUAUUUAGUGAUUUUAAACAGCCAGCAAACAACCCCAUUGUUAACGCCAGUUCCCCAAUGUUCCCCAACCGUGAUACACAUCGUGAUCAUCACAAUGCUCAUCACACUACGAGUGUUAGUGCUGACACAGCGAGCCAACAUGAUGCUGAUAAAGUUAAGAAACCCGUGGGAGGCAUUUCGCUAUUUGGCAACAAAGGCACAGAAAGUAUAGGCGCCGCCAUCUUGAAACGCAAUCAACGAAAAUCUUCGUCAUCCGACGCCGAAAGCGAAAGCGAUUCGCGAUCAGAGUCACAAACUAACCAACAGAUUAACCAGACGCAAAAAGAUAUAUUCGAUGACUUAUUUGCAAGGUCAGAAGGCAAAAAGGUCACUAAAGAUAAAGUUGAUAUCGUUAAAGAUAUAAAAACAGAAAUACAAAAGAAAAACGAAGUCAAAGAUAAGAAAGUUGAAAAAGUCGAAAAACCAAAAGUAGAUUUGUUUAGCGACAAUCUUUUUGAUGAUAUUGACGAUAUCUUUUCUACGAAUGUUGUGAAAAUGCCUGCAAAAGAUAAUGUUAAAACUAAAUCUAUAUUUGAAGACGAUGAUGAUCUUUUCUCUGAAAUUGCUGCGCCGAAACCGGUGAAAGUUGAAGUGGCGACUAGCAGUAAUAACAAGAAGAGUAUAUUUGAUAGUGAUGAUGAAUUAUUUGCUGAGGAAACGAAACCGAAACCAGUUGAAAAGCCUAUAGCAAGUCCUAAACCUGUUGUAGUUGAUAAACCAAAAAUAAUUGAAAAACCAAGUGAACCGAAAAUCACCAAAAACAUCCCUCCAAGUAUAUUUGAUGAUGAUGAUGAUGAAGAUGAUAUAUUCAGUGAUGUGAAAACUGAUAAACAUACUGACGGUAAUAAAGUACAAAAUACUCCUGUUAUCUUAGAAAAACCUAAAGAUUUCAGUAAAAGAGUUGAAGAUAGUACGAAAAAUAUUGCUCCACCAACAUCAAGUGUUUUCAAAAGUCCAUCAUUGUUUGAUGAUGAUGAUGAUGAAAGUAAUCUAUUUGCAGAACCAUCAAAAUCUAACGACCAAAAUAUAACUGUAUCUAAAAAUAAAGAUAUUGAAAAAGUUUCGAUCAAAAAUGAAAUUAAAAUACCAGACGAUAUUUUGAAUGAUGAUGAAAUAGUUAGUACUCCAGUAGUUAAAUCUGAUGAAAUAACUAAAGAUAAAAAUGAUAAUUUAAAUAUUGAUAGCAAACCAAUUGAAAUUAAUGUAAAUAAUAAUAUAACAGCUACUGAAUCUAUUGAGAAAUCUGAAGAUUCUAAACCUUUACCAGUAAGUGAACAAUUAAAUAGAAAUGUUGAAAUCAAUGCAGCUAAAAUAUCAGACCGUAUACAUAGGAAUAUUCAGAACAUUGAACAAAGUUCUUCAGACACUAAUGAUUUUAGCGAUCAAGAUUUUGAUGACCUCCCGCCUAAAGAACAUAGUAAAAACACAAUAAUUAAUUCUAAUGUAACUAAUGAAACAAAUGUAAAAAUUAAUGACAUCCCAAAAACCACUAAAAUUGACGAUAUUUUUGAUACACCCCCAUUAGAAGAUGAUAUUUUCGCGCCCCCAGAACAAAAAAUAGACAAUAAAGAAACAAUAUUUAAAAACAUAGAAACAGAAUUCCCAGAAACAUUACUCAAAGAUACUAAAAAGACUGACAAAGACAAUAAAACUGAACAAAUUAUUUCCAAAAAUAUUGAAGCUGAUAUUUUCAGUGAUAUUCUAACUGAACCGCCUGAAUUCGAAAAACCUAAAGAACCGAAAAAGAGUAAAAAUGUUAAUGCAUUAUUUGAUGAUGAUUCUGAUGAUGAAAGUCUAUUUUUCAAAAAGAAUGACCCAAUUUUCGAAGAGAAUCCUCAAGAUUUUACCCCAACACAAGAUCGUAUAUUUGGUCUGUUCACCGACGAACCACCCGAUGACGAAUUUAGCAAAAUGGGUGAUGAAAUAGAUGAUAAUAUGUUUUCUACUCUACCUAAACCGAAAAUACCACAAAAUGAAAAUUUGCCGCCAAUACCUGAUGUUAAUUUUGAAAAUAAUUUACCUGUUGAUGUUAGUAAAGUAUUAGAAACUGAAAAGGCUCCGGUUGAUGAUAUAUUUAAAGAUGAAAAACUACAUGAAUUGCCAAAAGAUACAAGUUUGAAUAAGAAAGAAGAUUCUAAUAUAGAUAAAUUAACUAAAACAGUGAAUAUGAAACAAGAAUCACCAACAGUCUUAUCCGAUGAUGAACUAUUUAAAACACCUACAAAAAUACCUAACUUAAAACCAACACUAGACAUAGUUUCAGAUGAUGAAGAUAUAUUCUCAACAGUAACUAAAAAUGAAAAACCAACUUUAUCACCAAAACCUAAGGAAGAAAGUCCUGUAACUAAAAGUAAUGUAGAAUCAGUUAAAUCUUCUGAUGACGAACUAUUUGUGGCUAAAAAGGAAAAACCUGUAGUUUCUGAAAACAUACUUAAAGAUACAAAAAUAACUCAUGACGAAGAUAUAUUUAAAGUACCUAAAAGUAAACCUGAAAUAACUAAACCUGACAAUACACCUGUUGAAGUUAAAUCUGAACCGAAAAAAGUAGGAAAACUUAAAGUUGGUCUAAAUAUUAACGUCAAUGCAUUACUACCUGGAGCUUCGCCUAAAAAGGCUAAACCCAACGAUCAGACAGACGGUCAGACUCAAAGCGUUUCAGACCCAAAAUCAGACACAAAAGUCUACCCAGAAAGUCCAAAAUCUGAACAAAAAAUACCAGAAUCUCAAAACACAGAUUCUAAAAUGAUAAAAUCUGUGAGUUUUGACGGUGAACCAGAAUCUGAUAUUCUAGAUAAUAAAUUGUCUAAAGAAAGGGCUAAAAUCCAGGUGAAAAGACGGCCGUCUACUAGAAGGGCUAGGCGGGAAGCCGUGAGAAAGUCUGGAAUCGAUUUUGGAGAAGACUCGACUGAUAAUUCUAGCUCGAUAGACGAUCCACCUCGGAAACAGACUGAAAUCAGUCAAAAGUCUAACUUAGAUAAUGAAAUUAAACAGACUGAAAAUGUAGAAAAGUCUGAAAUUGAACCUAAACUAGCAAAGGCUGAAAUACAGCCCGAUCUAAAAGAUAGAACUAUAAUAAAGUCUGAAACUACUGAAAUUGAUAAACCAUACGCAAGAGAUGUGAAAUCUAAAGUAGUUUACAUUUUAAAUGAUGAAGAUAUAUUCAAUACUAGUCCUAUUAAUAAACUAGAAUCUACAAAUAAAGAUUUAACUUCAGAAACCAGUAAAAAACCUCAAAAUAUAGAUUCAAAUAUUGGAAUUUCAACACUAGGCAAAGUAUAUGAUAGUACAAUUACUAAAAAUGAUGAAACUACUAAAAAUGUUAAAUCAUCACUAUUCGGUGAUGAAAAUGAUGAUGAUGAUGAUGAAGAAAUAUUUAAAGGUAAAAGUAAAACAGUUAAAAAAACUACUAUAUUCGAUUCAGAUAGUGAAGAUGAAUUGUUUGGUAAUAAGAAAGAAAGAAAGGCAGUAGAAAAGAAAGUGGAAGUAAAGAAAGAAGUUAAAAGAGAAAUGGUGAAGGGAUCGCUGUUUGGUGAUGAUGAUGAUGAUGAUGAUCUGUUUGGUGUUAAGACUAAGAAGAGUGUUGCGGACCAAAAACCCCACACAUCGAAGCCAGCUAUCAAAGAAACGCCAAAACCCACGGAGCCCGUGUUCGAAGACCCGCUGUCAAUGUUCGGAGAUGAUGACUAAUGCGCACGGUAGGUGGCGCUAGUGAGCACAGCGUAGAAAUAAGCUGUUUUUUAUUUAAUUUCUAGCUGGUUUUUUGUUUUUUCGAGGAAACUAAGAGGCCCAAUUUCGUUUUUGUAAGAACAGCUGUUUACUUUGGAAAUUGAACGUAAUAAUUCAUCAUAAUGUACGUCGGUUUUCUCAAAAUCAUUGUUGACUAUGAAUAAUUGUCAUUUUCAAUUUUCAAAUUAAGCAGUUCUUUUAAGAAAAACUGACUCUUAUGUUGUCGGUAAACUUGGACCUUUAUGUACCGGGAUAAAAAGUAGCUUAUAUGUUAUUCUGAUGUAUAAGCUAUUUUAAUGCAAACUGUCAUCAAAAUGUUUUCAGUAUUUUUCAACCAGCCCGAGCUCCAAAGCGGAGAAGAUUUUAUACACCCAAUAGAAUUUUGCCGCUGAAGGAUACUAAGAAGGACUGAUUGGCCAGAGAAGAUGUUUGAAAAACUAAAUUCUCUUCUUCCUUCGAGCCUUUUUCCUAAACUAUGUUGGGGUCGGCUUCCAGUCUAACCGAAUGUAGCUGAGCACCAGUGUGCCACAAGGAGCGACUGUCUAUCUGACCUUCUCAACCCAAUUACCCGGGCAACCCGAUACCCCUUGGUUAGACUGGUGUCAGCUUUACUGGCUUCUGACUACCCGUAACGACUGCCAAACUGAAAAACUAAAUUCUAUUGGUUGUUUAAAAACUUCUCUUAGUUGGAGUCUGGGCCUAAUUGAUGUGAAUAAAAUAUAGGCAGCAAAUAUUUGGUAAUUAUAUUAUUAUGUAUGAAUGGUGGCCUUUGAUCAAAGUACAUAGUGCUUGCAUACUUUUGAAUAUUUGUGUGAAUUACCGAGCUUUCAACAUAGCGUGUACUUUAGAUAGAGUAUAAGUCAUAACAUAACACCAGUUUCAUGGCAAAUUAAAAUGCAUUUUAAGAUCUUAAGUCUACGCUAAACACUACUCUAUUUUACUUCAACUGUCGCGCAGUCGGGUAAAAGGGAGAAAGUUAUUUAUUAUAAUUUAUGAUACGUAAAGGGGUAGACAGUUAGGCCAACAUUAAUUUUAUCAAUCUGUGGUCGGUGUAGGACAAAUAUUUUUUUACGCUUUCUAGACAGCCGACAUUUUUGUAUUUAUAAUAUUAGAAAGAAUAAUAAUUUAACGCGAAAAUUGGAUAACACAAAGCUUCUGCCAGCGGUCUCACCCGCGCCUCGCGGCAAUUCCCGUGGGAACUACAUCCCGCACCCGGAUAAAAAAUAGUAUAUAGCUUGUCUUGUUAAAUAGGCUAUCUGACGUUGCGAAAUCGGACGAGUAGUUCCUGAGAUUAGUGCGUUUAAACAAACAAACUCUUAAGCUUUAUGUAUGAUAUAAAUUUUGAAUAGUGUACUGGCUAAAUAUAGGCCUAGAUUAUGUAUUAAUAUAUAGAAUAUAACUUAAGCGAGCUAUUUGUGCUUUUGCUCAUAACAUUCCAACAUUAUUUAUUUGUUAUUAUUUUGUUAAAUGUUUAUAAUUGUGUUGGGGAGAAUUCAGAAUUAUUUAAUAUGGCAGCGAUUUUGAUUCGCCUAUUCGUAUGUAUUUAGAAAUAUUCUUAGGUGAUAGAAGUACAUAAAUAAAUAUUAUAUAUCUGGCUGACUGAAACGAAAUUUAUGUGUGUAAAGGUACGUCUUAAAUGACCUAGCACUUAAAAUGUACCUUUGAUUUUAAAUAUGAAAUGUUUUUUUUUUAUUAUAAAAUAUAUAGACUUACUAUUCUUGUCUAAUAACUUUGCCGUUGUUAAGUUGGCUACAAAACUUCACGACAGUCAAAAAGCAAAACAAUACCUAUGCGCACGCGUGAAACGACAAAAAGCUGACUUUAGGGAUGCAAAGUUAGUUGAGGAGACCAGUUUUUUUUUUAAUUUUAAAGAUGCGCGUCCUUCCCAAAUAAAUGAAAUUAUGGAGAUUAAUUUAAAAUAUACUUACAUAAUUAUGUUAUUAUUUUGCGAUAGAGUUAAUUAUUAUAAUAAUGAAUUAAUUGUAAAUAGAGCUGUUUGUAUUGUUAUUUCGUUAUUGGCUGCGAUUUGCUAAAUAAAGUGCCUACGGAAUUAUUCUUAUAUGGAAUGUAAUAAAUGUUAUACUUUUA